GCACGCUUUCUUGAAAGAGGCAUUUACUGAGCGCCCAAUGUAUGCCUGGCACUGGGCUGCCACCUACGCGAGCACGACCAAUGCAGUCUAUCAGGGAGGCCCAGAUCGCCAAGCAGCGGGCCCCUGCAGUCCGCCAUGCCACUCCCGACGCCUAGAGCGCCGCUCAGCACACCGUGAGCGCCCAAUAACUGUUGGGCUCCAAUGACGCCGCGGAGGCAGCCCCGUCCCCGCGCUCCCGCCGCUCCCGCCGCUCGGGCAGCCCGGGAGGCCAGACGCUGGCGCUGCAGGGAGAGGGCGGUGGGGGUAGCCGUUAGGGGGCGGGCGGCGCAGGGCGCACCUUUCCGUGGGCCGCGUGGAUGGCGGCGCAGGGCGUAGGUCCUGGGCCGGGGUCGGCGGCGCCCCCGGGGCUGGAGGCGGCCCGGCAGAAGCUGGCGCUGCGGCGGAAGAAGGUGCUGAGCACCGAGGAGAUGGAGCUGUACGAGCUGGCGCAGGCGGCGGGCGGCGCUAUCGACCCCGACGUGUUCAAGAUCCUGGUGGACCUGCUGAAGCUUAACGUGGCCCCCCUCGCCGUCUUCCAGAUGCUCAAGUCCAUGUGUGCCGGGCAGAGGCUAGCGAGCGAGCCCCAGGACCCUGCGGCCGUGUCUCUGCCCACGUCGAGCGUGCCCGAGACUCGAGAGGCCUCCUUUCUCUCUGCCAGGAACAGUAGCCCCCCUGCAAGGCCCUCCUUUUCCUCCAGCCCGCAGCCUGCGGCCUCUCCGGCUCUGCUCCACAGCCCGGCUGCCACACACUCGCCUCUCUCUCCAGGCCCCCCGGGUUCCCUCCGCCUCUCUUGCUGCCUGUUCUCUCCUUUUGCAGGGAGAAACAAAGGCAGCACUGCCCUCGGGGGAGCAUUGGCCCUGGUGGAACGCAGCAGCCGCGAAGGAUCCAGCCAGAAGAUGCCACGCCAGCCCAGCGCUACCAGGCUGCCCAAGGGGGGCGGGCCUGGGAAGAGCCCUACGCAGGGCAGCACCUAGGAUGGGGCAGAGACUUGUCACAUCUUUGUCCCCAGCAAAGGCUACGUGUUAUCUCCUUCAGUUGAUAAUAAACCUUUCUGAGAUGCAGAGGGUCCAGGUCA